AUGCCCGCCAUCCCGCCGUCUCAACUCGUCGACCUCCAGUCCAACGCGCAAAACAUCCGCAAUAUAUGUAUCCUAGCACAUGUCGACCAUGGCAAAACCUCCCUCACAGACUCCCUCAUUGCCACUAAUGGCAUCAUCUCUCCCAAAAUGGCCGGCAAGAUCCGUUACCUGGACUCCCGGCCGGACGAACAGACUCGCGGGAUCACGAUGGAGAGUAGUGCGAUCAGUUUAUACUUCAGCAUGAUGCGCAGACAACAGGAGAAUGCCGAGCCCAAGAAAGAAGAAUAUUUGAUCAAUCUCAUAGACAGUCCUGGACAUAUCGACUUCUCGUCAGAAGUCAGCACGGCCUCAAGGUUAUGCGACGCCGCCGUGGUUCUGGUGGAUGCCGUUGAAGGUGUAUGUUCCCAGACGGUCACCGUCCUACGCCAGGUCUGGCUCGAGAAGUUGAAGCCCCUACUAGUCAUCAAUAAGAUUGACAGGUUGAUCACCGAGCUGAAAAUGAGUCCUUCCGAGGCCUACUUACACCUCGAAAGAGUCCUCGAGGGCGUGAAUGCCGUCAUCGGAGGAUUCUUUCAUGGAGAGCGCAUGGAAGAGGACUUGCUUUGGCGGGAGAAACUUGACCAGAAAAGAGCAGCUAAAGAACAGCUGAAGCAGGAUGCCAUGAGCGAGACCGCAACGGAAGCCGAAUUGGAGCAACAAUUUGAAGAACGAGAUGACGAAGACCUCUACUUCGCACCGGAAAAGUACAAUGUCAUCUUUGCAAGCGCAAUAGAUGGCUGGGCCUUUACAGUACGGCAAUUCGCCGGAAUCUAUGAAAAGAAACUAGGUAUCAAAAGAUCCGUCCUCGAAAAGAUUUUGUGGGGGGAUUUCUACCUUGAUCCUAAAACCAAGAAGGUCCUGGGCCAGAAGCACUUGAAAGGCAGGAAUCUCAAACCCAUCUUCGUCCAACUCGUUCUUGACCCUAUAUGGCAGGCCUACGACGCCACAGUCGGCGUGAAUGGAGGCCGUGGCGACCCAGCCAAGUUGGAGAAGAUUACCAAAUCGUUGGCCAUCAAUUUGCCAGCUCAUAUACUCAGGUCUCGGGACUCCAGAAACGUGUUGCAGAGUCUUUUCUCGUCAUGGCUCCCUCUCUCGACUGCGCUUCUUGUUUCUGUCAUCGAAUACCUACCUAGCCCUCCCAGUGCCCAAGCGACUCGGUUACCUGAGAUGAUCGAAGAGUUGGUCAGCUCAAACAACAUCGAUCCAUCCUUGAAGAACGCCAUGAUAAACUUCGAGACCGCCAAAUCCGCGCCGCUUGUCGCGUAUGUCAGUAAGAUGGUUGCUAUCCCGGAAAGCGAGCUUCCUUCCAAUCGGCGGAAGUUGGGAGCCACCUUGACGGCGGAUGAGGCAAGAGAGCUCGCCCGCAAGAAAAGAGCAGAGAUCGCUAGAGCACAAGCACAAGCUGAAGGCUCGGCUAAUGUGGAAAGAAUCACCAAUGGCAUCCACGCAACCAGGAUAGGCGAAGAGCCUGAUGAGGACGAUCUACCAGAACAUCCAGAAGAUCCCGAACAUCUGAUCGGCUUUGCACGGCUCUUUUCUGGUACUUUAUCCGUAGGAGACGAAGUGUAUGUUCUGCCGCCCAAAUUCAAUCCAGCCUUUCCGCAUGCCUCGCCGGAGCCAAAGAAAGUCUCCAUCACAGCUCUCUACCUGCUCAUGGGUCGCUCGUUGGAGCCAUUAGAGAAGGUCCCAGCUGGGGUGGUGUUUGGAAUCGAGGGACUAGAAGGCUACAUUCUCAAGACGGGGACACUAUGUUCUCAGUUAGAAGGUGGUAUUAACUUGGCAGGAUUAUCUACACUGAGCGAACCGAUUGUUCGAGUGGCCCUGGAACCCACGGAUCCAACAGACCUAAACAAGAUGAUCAAAGGUCUUAAACUCCUGGAACGGAGCGAUCCUUGCGCAGUCUACGAGCAGAUGGCCAGUGGAGAGCACGUUAUUCUGACAGCGGGAGAAUUGCAUCUGGAAAGAUGCCUCAAAGACUUGCGAGAACGUUUCGCCCGAUGUGACAUCCAGCCGGGUGAGCCAAUCGUCCCAUAUCGAGAGUCGAUUGUGAAGGCUGAAGAGAUGGAGCCUCCGAAGAACAAGGAUCUCCCUCGUGGAACAGCUAUCGCCGUGACAGCGUCUAAAACAGUGUCUGUCAGGCUACGUGUCCGACCACUUCCACAAACUGUGACCCAAUUCCUUAUCAAGAAUGGCGGCGCAAUCAGGCGACUCUAUGCCGAAAAGCAGGCACAAGAAGAUGUUCCCAAGGACUCAUCCGAGGCGGUCAAGGACGAAGCCGCUGGUCUGGAAAUUGAGGCCGGCCACGAGAGGGGCAACAUGUCGCUGCAAGAGUUUCGACAGCAACUUGAAGCUGCCUUUGAUGAAGUUGAAGAAGACAAAGAAGUUUGGCAGAAAGUGGUGUCCAGAAUAUGUGCAUUUGGGCCUCGCAGAGUCGGGCCAAAUCUCUUCAUCGACUCGACCGGGACGUAUACAUGCAAGCGAUUUUUGUUGGACCAACCCGAGCCCCGAAACAAUCACGAGACGGCUGGAGACCAGGACGGCGGCCCGGAUGUUGUCGCUGCUUCCUCGAAGGGGACACAAGAUUUUUCCGAUACGAUUACCUACGCAUUCCAACUUGCAACAUCUCAAGGGCCUUUGUGCCGCGAACCAAUGCAAGGAGUUGCGGUAUUUCUGGAAGAGAUUAUACAGCAUCAGUCACCAGAGUCGUCCGACCUGGCCACUGAAUCCGGCCGGUUGACCGGCGAACUCAUCACCUCGGUGCGCGAAGCAAUCCGCUCCGCCUUCCUCGACUGGUCCCCUCGCAUUCUGCUAGCCAUGUAUAGCUGCACAAUCCAAGCGACGCCCGAUGUUCUCGGUCGAGUAUACAGUGUCCUCACACGGCGACGAGGCUCGAUUCUCUCUGAAGCCCUGCUUGAGGGAACGCCCUAUUUUACCAUCGAGGCCACGCUCCCCGUGGCUGAGAGCUUUGGCUUCAGCGAGGAGAUCCGCAAACGCACGUCAGGCCUCGCGCAGCCCAUGCUCAGGUUCAUCGGAUUUGAGAUGAUCGAUGAUGUCGAUCCGUUCUGGGUACCCCGAUCAGAGGAGGAACUUGAGGACCUGGGUGUUCACGGCGAGAGAGAGAAUGUGGCCAAGAAAUACGUCGACGCAGUUAGGAGACGAAAGGGACUGCUUGUCAAGGGUGCCAGAGGGGGAAGGGACGCUGAGAAGCAAAAAACAUUGAAAAGUAACUAG